AUGAGAGCGUGUUUGCCUGUGCUCAAGCGGCUGGCGUGGAAAGGGCCCAACGUGGUGCCGCUCCCGCUUUCGGAGGCGAUCAAGAACGGCACCCCCGUGCGGACGAACGCGCGGCUGUGUGACAUCCUCCCCCAGUUCGUCGGCCUCAAGUUCCAGGUCCACAACGGCAAGGAGUACGUCGAGUUUGAAGUCACCGACGACAUGGUGGGGCUGAAGUUGGGCGAGUUUGCCCCGACGCGCAAGCGGUUCAUGUACAAGUUCUCGAAGAACUGA